AUGAAUUUCAUAGCUGGUCUUCGGACUAUCAAAGAAUAUCUUAGUAGCUUGAAUCUUUUCGAAAGUUCAGCUGGUCUAACUAAUCCAAAUCGUUUGCGUACUGAAAUUAUAUCAACUCGAAUAUAUAUUGUUCUUGCAACUAUUGCUGUAUCUAUACUUGUUUUGUUUACUGCUUUGGAAGACACAACACAAAGCAAUACUAUUCGAAAUCCAUCUCAAGAUACUUUUAAUCAAUUCUAUUCCGAAUAUUCAACAACACUUCAGUGUUCAUGUAGUCAAGUAGAAAUACCAUACAAAACUUUAAUUAAUAUAUCAUACAAGUUACAUCCUGUAUGUUCAAGUGUAUUCAUCUCCGAUUCUUGGAUCAAUCUUCUAUUUAGUCCUGAUAUGACGUAUUACUAUCCCAUAGAUUUUCGUUCAUCUGGUAAUGGCCAAUUUCAACUUCUUGCCUCACUCUGUUUAUUUGCUAAUCAAACAUUAAACAAUGCAAUUGAUGAUUUUCUUUCUGAUUUUCUCUUGAGUCCACUGACUCUUUCAUCAACAUCAUUCAAAAAUCAAAGUGAAGCAAGUGCCGAAUUUUUGAAAACUUCGACAACCUAUACAUUUCGUCGUCUUCUAAAUCUGGUGCGUGAUACAAGUCUAAUGAAUGGUUUACAACCAGCAAUGCAAACAUCAUCGAUGGAAUUAUUAGAGUAUUUUUCCAAUGGCACGCUGUCUGCAUUUCCAUAUGCAACGAUUUGGUAUGGUGAUUAUGAAAGAAAAUGUUUUUGUGGUAUUACUUCAGACUGUUAUGAACAAGCUGCCUUUUUUGAUUUAUAUGCAUAUGAAACACAUGGAGUUUUUAAACAAUUAGAUUCUCUCGAAAAUGUAACCGGAUUUCUAGUUGGAUGUUAUGCCUUUGAUGCACUUCUUCAAUCAUCACUUAUUUGUUUCUUCGAUUCUAUAUGUCUAAAUAAUAUCUUAACGUAUUUUCCAACAAUUAAUAUUACUAGUGAUGAUAUUCUUAAUAUUAAUCAGACACAGUUUGAACCCAAUACAACCAUUGAAACACUUGCUAAUAAUUUAUUUAUUGAAGAUUGGACAGCAGAAUCUUUGUUUAGUGCCUAUUAUUCUAAAUGUGCUCCAAUUCUUUGUAUCUAUACAUUUACGGAACGCAACAGCUUUCUACAAGUUUUAACAACUUUAUUGGGUGUUUAUGGUGGACUUACAGUUGCGUUACGUAUGUGUAUUCCAUAUGCUGUCCGUUUCUGGCGUUAUCGCAAGGUUGCGAAUCGAAAUGAACUUACUAUAUUGCAGCGUCUUCGAAAUGCACAGAAUACGAUGAAGAAUAAAAUUAUUGAAUUGAAUCUAUUCAAAACAGCUACAGCACGUACUAAUCCUUUUGAACUAAAGACUACAAAAAUUAUUACUUAUGUCUAUCUGAUUACAAUGCUACUUGCUCUAAGUAUUGUAACCAUUUAUUUAUUGGCAUCAACUCAAGUCCGUACUGAAACUAUACAAAAUCCAUCUCAAAUGAUUUUUGGAAAUUUAAAUGAGAAAUAUAUGAGUACACUACAAUGUCCAUGUAGUUCCAUUGCUAAUUCUUAUGAAUUAUUUACUUCAUUAUCACCUACGUUUCAUCCUAUAUGUUCAAGUUUAUUUUUAUCUGAUGAUUGGAUUGUUUCUAUAUCGGAUAUGAAUAUACUGUAUGCAGCAUAUGAUCCAUUAGAUUUUCGAGUAGCUGGUCCAAUCUUUUUCAACGCUAUGCACACAUUAUGUUCUCUUUCAAACAUAACUAUUUAUGAUACUUGGUACGAAUUUAAUCAAUCACUAUUAAUUACUAAUUUAGUAGUAACGGAAUCAGAAUUUGAGACUCGAACAAAUGUGACAAUUGAACAAUUUCAAGAAAAUACAUUAAAUGAAUUUAAACGUAUUCUCUCACUUGUUGAUUUACAUGCAAAAACUAUGUAUAAUGUGGGAUAUGACAAUCUUGAGCUUUAUACUAAUCAACUAGCUACUAGUAUAACACAAGUUGAUUUUCGUUGGGAGCCAGUAGAAACAGAUACAUGUUCAUGCAGUCCUAAUGGUCAAUGUACUGAUGUAAUGAGUUUCUUUUAUUAUACUGGUCUUGAUAAUACCUCACCAUACUAUCUAAACUUUACAAUAUCUGAUCUACAAGUUGGUUGUUACGUAUUACCGAGUGCUCUUAAUUCUACACUUUCAUGUUUCUUUAAUCAAACAUGUUUAGACAUGAUUAAAAAUGUGAUAGAAAAUGAGGUAAAUCCUGUUCGAUUUGAUGAUGUGCCAAUUCUCGAUAUAAAUAGUACUCGAUUUCCACCUCAUACUCGUAUCCAAAUAAUACUUGAUAAUCUUAUGAUUGAAACAUGGAAUGAAAAGAUCAGUUAUGAAAAAUACUAUGAGAAAUGUGCACCAGAACAAUGUACAUAUACAUAUACUUCCCGAAAUAAUCCUAUUCAAAUAAUUACUACACUCAUUGGGCUGUUUGGUGGCUUAUCAGUUGCAUUGAAAAUUAUUGUUUCAUUGAUUGUUCGUCGGAUACGAAAUCGAAUGCGUCCACAUGAAGAAACAAAUGUCGUAACAGAUCAACCUACAACAGUUCGUAACGUUACAAAUAUUUGGCUUAUAUUAAAAACUAAGUUAUUAAAACUGAACUUAUUUGAAAGUGAAUUAUCAUGGGAUGACGAGCAACGGCAACGAAGAGAAAUUAUUAUUACACGUGCUUAUCUAUUAUUCCUCAUGAUUGCCGUUGCCAUUCUAGUUAUGUACACAUUUAUUGACACACAAACUAAAAUAGUUAAAAUUCUUAAUCCAUCUCGAGAUAAAUUUGAUCAACUUCGAUUAAAUCCUCAAUAUUCAACAACACUUGAUUGUCCUUGUACAAGUAUUAUUGUUUCUUAUAACUCAUUUAUUUCAAUUAAACCCUAUUAUCAUCAACUAUGUUCAAGUGAUUUUGUUGUAAACAGUUCUACUUGGAUUUCUUUGAUUUAUUCGUAUACCGCAGGUAUUGACUAUUCAUAUGAUGAUUAUCGUCAGUUUGCUCCGUCGCAUUUCCAAUUACUUUCAGGACUUUGUUCACUUGCGAAUGAUACAGUGAAUGCAGCAAUAACUGAAUUUUCACGAAAUACAAUAAUUAAUGAAAGAGUACAAUCUCAAGAAUCUAUCAAAGCACAAACUGAUAUUAUUCUUUCUCAAUUUCUUUUAUCAACUCCUCGAACAUUUACAUUAACUCUUGAUUUCAUUCGAUAUAUAAAUCAAGGGAAUGGUAUUGUUUCAUCAAUUUUUUCUAAUUGGCAUUUUCUUUCACUAGAUACGGGAUUUGAAUAUGCUGCUCUGUGGGCUGUGCCACAUGCUUAUAAUGAUAAUAGUUGUAUUUGUGGUACAAGUUCAAUGUGUAUCUCACAAGCUUCAUUUAGUGGAAUAACUAUUCCUGGUUUGCAUGUGGGAUGUUAUCCACUUGAAUCACUUCUUCAAUCAACACUUGAAUGUCUCUAUAAUGUAACAUGUAUUAAUCAACUCAAGUCUAUGUAUACACAUUCAAAUAUGAUAUUUAAUCCAUUAAAUGAUACUUUAUCGUCUCGUAAUACUACAGUUCAAUCUAUAGUCAAUAAUCUUCUAGUUGAAAGAUGGGAAACUGAAGUAGUUUAUGAAAAUUAUUAUGCAGCAUGUACUCCUCUUUGGUGUACAUAUACAUUUGAUGGACAAAUAAGUCCAAUCUAUACAAUAACGACUAUUAUUGGUCUUUAUGGUGGUUUGACAGUCGUAUUUAAACUUAUUACUCCUAUUAUAGUACGAAUUGGAUAUUAUAUAGUUAGGUAUCGUCGUCGACGUGCCAAUCAAGUUGUGACUGUAAUGACAAUUGAUAAGUUUAAGUCACUUCGAAGUAUACAUCUUCAUAUUGGAAAAGAAGAAAACUAA